UGCAGUCGCCAUGGCAACAGCGUGCCCAGGGACCCCCGGAGUGACCAGCACCCCCCACCCGGAGCCCCCCACCGCCUCCACGUGCACUGGCACCUCCAGGCUGCCUCCACGGUGCCUCUCCCCGGUGAUGCCGGUGCCCCACAGGGAGCUGCCGGCCCCCGAAAUCCCACCGGACGCCCUCGCGGUGACAGCAGAUCUGCACCACUUGACGCAGCGAGUGGCCGGUGAGGACCGGGGAGAGGCGAGUGCCGGCUACCGGCUGCCACCGCUCCUGGCAGCGCUCACCCGCCGCACCGAGGAUGACGCGCGGCUCCAGCAGCUCCGGUGCCUGCGGCUGCCGGUAAGACCGGUGCGGGAGGUCCUGCUGCCCCACCGGCCUCUCGGCCCGCGCCUGCUCCUGCGGCCCGGUGCAGCCAGGCCGUGGGCACCACCGAGCAGGUCCUUUGGCGAGGGGGUGGCCCUACGGCCGUACCCACCGCUGUGCCGCGACACCGGGGGGGACCCCAGGCCGGACCCCCUGGGUAUGCGGGAGCUCUACCGGGAGCUGGUCAGGGCCCUCCCCGCCGAGCGGCUGCAGUUCCACCACGAGCCCUUGGUUGAACCGGCAGCCGCCGCGGCGGAUCUGCUCCCCCCAGGUGAGCAGGGACCCCGAAAUGCCGGCAAACCGCCGCAGCACGGGGACGUCCGGCACAGGCAACGGCAAACCGCUUGCCUCUUUGACGACUACCUCCAGUAUGUCGCGGACACUGGCUCCGACUUCCUCCGUACCAUUUUCCAGCUGCGCGGUGGUGUCGGUGAGGAGGAGCCGGCAGGAGCCCCACGACCGCGCAGGGACCCGGCACCACAACCGGCGGAGCCGUAUGAGAAGGGGCUGUGGAAGCCGGUGUUGCCGGAGCUGGUGCCGGUGGGGCUGGAGAGGCUGCAGAGGCGCCUGCAUCGGCUCUGGGCCACGCUGGGCGUCCCCAGCCGGGAGAGGAUGGAGAUGGCGGUGAAAUACGGGACCGGCGGGGUCCUGGCACGGCUGCCGGCAGCGUUGGACGCCUGGGAGGCGGUGGCCGGCGGCAUCCUGCGGCGGGAGCUGCUGCUGGCACGGCUGGAGCGGCUGGAGGAGCGCGGCUCUGACCCCACGCGCUUCUUCCACGCGGGCCCGGCGUCAGCAACAGCACGUGCUGAGGAGACGCGUGCCCGCGGCCGCCUACGUGCCACGCUGGCCCGGUGCGAGGCGCGGCUAUCGGCCGCCCUGAGGCACCUGUGGGAUGAUUUCGGGGAUACGGCGACUUUCCGGGGACGCCCCUACGCUGAGAAGAUGCGCUGGGAUGCGGUGGAGAUGCUUUACUGGCUGCAGCAGCGCCGCCGCGCCGGGGCUCUCCAGGCCGCCCUGGGGGUGCAGCCGCAGCGUCACCCCCCCGGCACGGCGGGUGCCGAAACGUCGGGGUGUCAAUAAAGCGCGGGAGCGUGGCGUUGCGGGGUGUCUCCCCCCCCCCCAGCUUUCUGCCCCGCUCAGGCACCGCUGCUGAAAAAAUACGUUUAUUCACCCCGGAACGAGCGUGGACAAGGGUGGGGCGG